AUGGCUUCCAUCGAGAGCUUCGAUAACAUUUACCUCGACCUCUCCAAGGAGAGCGGAAAGUGUCGAUUUGCAGAGACCGGAUUUGGCUGGAAGCCCGUGAGCGGCGGCGACACCUUCACCCUCGACCAGAGCAACAUUGGCGGCGGCCACUGGAGUCGCGCCUCCAAAGGCUACGAGGUGCGCAUCCUCCAGCGGAACUCGUCCACCAUCAUCCAGCUCGAUGGCUUCGCCCAGGAGGACUAUGAGCGCCUCGUCAAGAUCUUCAAGAACUGGUACAGCGCGCCGCUCGAGAACAAGGAGCAUGCCCUGCGCGGCUGGAACUGGGGCAAGGCCGAGUUCUCCAAGGCCGAGCUCAUCUUCAACGUCCAGAACCGUCCCGCCUUCGAGGUCCCGUACACCGAAAUUGGAAACACCAACCUGGCGGGUCGCAACGAGGUGGCCGUCGAGAUGACGCUGCCCCUCAAGCCCGAGGACACGGGCACCAACGGCGCCCUGGGCGGCGCCCGGGGCAAGGGCAAGAAGGCCGGCGCCGGCCGGGACCAGCUCGUCGAGAUGCGCUUCUAUAUCCCCGGCAUGACCACCAAGAAGGAGACCGAGGGCGAUGACGCCGCCAGCGACGCCGACGAGGCCGAGAAAAGCGCGGCCACCCUCUUCUACGACACCCUCAUGGAGAAGGCCGACAUUGGCGACACGGCCGGCGACGCCAUUGCCACCUUCCUCGACGUACUGCACCUCACCCCCCGCGGCCGCUUCGACAUCGACAUGUACGAGUCGUCCUUCCGCCUGCGCGGAAAGACGUACGACUACAAGAUCCAGUACGAGGCCAUCAAGAAGUUCAUGGUCCUCCCCAAGCCCGACGAGAUGCACUGCAUGCUCUGCAUCGGCCUCGACCCGCCUCUGCGCCAGGGCCAGACCCGCUACCCCUUUGUCGUCAUGCAGUUCAAAAAGGACGAGGAGGUCACCAUUGACCUCAACCUCGAGGACGAGGAGCUUGAGGGCAAGUACAAGGACAAGCUCGUCUCUCACUACGAGGAGCCCCUGCACCACGUCAUGGCCAAGAUCUUCAGGGGCCUCGCCAACAAGAAGAUCUCCUCCCCAGCCAAGGACUUUAUCACCCACCGCAACCAGUACGGCAUCAAGUGCUCCAUCAAGGCCUCCGAGGGCUUCCUUUACUGCCUCGAAAAGGCCUUCAUGUUUGUGCCCAAGCCCGCCACCUACAUUGCCUACGAGCAGACCGCCUCCAUCACCUUCUCCCGCGUGUCGGGCGCCGUCUCGGCCCUGUCCACCUUUGACAUCACCGUCAAGCUCAAGAACGGCGCCGGCUCCUCGCAGUUCAGCAACAUCAAUCGCGAGGACCUCAAGGCCCUCGAGGCCUUCUUCAAGCUCAAGGGCAUCCGCGUCAAGAAUGAGAUUGACGAGGAGUCCAACAUGCUCGCCGCCGCCAUGCGGGAGCAGGCCAUGGACGAGUCCGACGACGAGAUUGUGGCCGCCAAGGCCGACCGCGGCUCCGCCGACGAGGACGAGGAGAGCGUCGACGAGGACUUUCAGGCCGACAGCGACAGCGACGUGGCCGAGGAGUACGACAGUGCCCACGAUAGUAGCUCCGGGGACUCGGCCAGUGGCAGCGACCAGGGCGAGAGCGACGUGGAAGGCGACGAGAUGGACGUCGAUGACGGCGAUGAGGAAGAGGAGCGACCAAAGAAGAAGUCGAAAACCGGUUAA